UUCUCUAUGAAUCAAAAAUAUUAACAUGAAAUUUAUUAGUAGUUUUCUAAUCUUUGAAUUUUAUGAUAAAUGAUUUAACAUAUCGUGUUAUACAUUUAUGUAGUGAUCUUCAAAAUAAUAAGUAUCAGAAUAUGUAAAUAAUAUCAGAAUUUGUAACAAUGUCUGAAAAAAUUCCAUCUAACCAACCACAACCAAUUGUUAAGAUAGGCCAUUAUACCCUUGGACAAACACUAGGUGUUGGAACAUUUGGUAAAGUAAAAAUUGGAGAACAUGUAUUAACAAAACACAAAGUUGCUGUGAAAAUUUUGAAUCGUCAGAAGAUCAAAAGUUUAGAUGUGGUUGGAAAGAUUAGAAGAGAAAUACAAAAUCUUAAACUUUUCAGACAUCCUCAUAUUAUUAAAUUAUAUCAAGUUAUAAGCACACCUACAGAUAUAUUUAUGAUAAUGGAAUAUGUAUCAGGUGGAGAGUUAUUUGAUUAUAUUGUGAAACAUGGCAAACUAAAGGAAUAUGAGGCACGAAGAUUUUUUCAACAGAUUAUUUCUGGUGUUGAUUAUUGUCACAGACAUAUGAUAGUUCAUCGAGAUUUAAAACCAGAAAAUCUUUUGUUAGAUCACAAUCUACAUGUAAAAAUAGCAGAUUUUGGUUUAUCAAAUAUGAUGAUGGAUGGAGAAUUCUUACGUACUUCCUGUGGUUCUCCUAAUUAUGCAGCACCAGAAGUAAUUUCAGGUAAAUUAUAUGCUGGUCCUGAAGUUGAUAUUUGGUCUUGUGGAAUAAUACUUUAUGCUUUACUUUGUGGUACUUUACCAUUUGAUGAUGAACAUGUACCAACACUUUUCCGUAAAAUUAAAUCUGGAGUUUUCCCUAUCCCAGAAUAUUUGAAUAAAAGUGUUGUAAGUCUUUUAUGUCAUAUGUUGCAAGUGGAUCCUAUGAAAAGAGCAACUAUUGAAGAUAUCAAGAAACAUGAAUGGUUUCAAAAGGAUUUACCUUCAUAUUUAUUUCCGUCGCCUGUUGAACAAGACUCUUCUGUAAUCGAUAUAGACGCAGUAAAUGAAGUUUGCGAAAAAUUUAAUGUAAAAGAAGCUGAAGUUCAUUCUGCAUUAUUAGGUGGAGAUCCUCACGAUCAACUGGCAAUUGCUUAUCACUUGAUAAUAGAUAAUAAAAGAAUUGCAGAUGAAGCUGCUAAAGCAGAAUUAAAAGAUUUUUAUGUAGCUUCUAGUCCACCUCCUGUUGCUUUCAGUCCCAAUGAUACUAAUAGUAGUCCUCUGAGACCACAUCCAGAAAGAAUAGCACCAUUACGAGAAAGACAAAGUUCUCAAGGAAGCACAUCAUCUUCAACACAAGGUGCUCGUGGUACACCAAUAAAACGGGCUAAAUGGCAUUUAGGAAUUCGUUCACAAUCUAAACCAAAUGAUAUUAUGAAUGAAGUUUAUCGAGCAAUGAAAGCUCUUAAUUUUGAAUGGAAAAUUAUAAAUGCUUACAGUGUUAGAGUUCGUCAAAAAAAUAAAUUAACAGAUAGAUAUAGUAAGAUGUCAUUACAACUUUAUCAGGUUGAUUAUAAAAGUUACUUAUUAGAUUUUAAAUCUUUAUCAAAUGAAGAAGAAGAUAUUGGACGAGAUCCUACAAUUCCACCACCUCAAACAACAGGUCAUCAUACAAUGGAAUUCUUUGAAAUUUGGUAUUUUGGUGCAAUGUCACGACAAGAUGCCUCGGAUUUACUUAUGGGUGAGAAAGAAGGUGGCGUAUUCUUAGUACGUGACAGCACAUCAAUACAAGGAGAUUUUGUUCUAUGUGUACGAGAAGACAGCAAGGUUAGCCAUUAUAUUAUAAAUAAAAUUCAACAGGGUGACCAAAUACGUUAUCGGAUUGGAGAUCAAACAUUUCCUGAUAUUCCCAACCUUUUGGCUUUUUACAAAUUACAUUAUUUGGACACAACGCCAUUGAUCAGGCCUGCACCUAAAAGAACACAGAGGGUAGUAGCAAAGUAUGAUUUUGAGGGCAAUGAUCCUGAUGAUUUACCUUUUAGAAAAGAUGAAGAGCAAUGGUGGACUGCUAGAAAUGCUCUAGGUCAAACUGGUUCAGUUCCAGUUCCAUAUGUUCAAAAGUAUGAAGAAGACAAUCACCCUGUGAUUGAAAAUAAUUCACGUCCAGAAAGUGGAGGAAGUUCAACUAUAAAUUCUACUAUAAAUUCAGUUCAAAUUUCUGCUUCUCAAAUGUCUUAUCCAGAAAGUGGACAAGGGACCACUCGUAGAUCGAAUAUUCAGAGAACAUUACCUGCUUUUGCAAAAGUAAAACAAGCAAGAGUACCAAAUGCAUAUGAUAAAACUGCUCUAAAAUUAGAAGUUGGAGAUGUGAUAAAAGUUACAAAGACUAAUAUAAAUGGUCAAUGGGAAGUGAGAACAAUGGAUGGUAAACAGGAGGCGAUAUUGACUAUCUCCAAAUUGACGGAAGUAGAAGAUUUUAAGCAUGAAAUUGAAAAAGAGUUACAUAUAAAAGCAGAUUUACAACGAUUAUUUUUUCGUGGAAAACAAUUGGAAAAUGGUUACAAAUUAUAUGAUUAUAAUGUUAAUUUGAAUGAUGUAAUUCAAUUAAUGGUGAAAGUACAAAUUAAUGAUAUAGAAAAUAAAGCUACCUCAAGUAAUAGUGUUACUACAUCUAAUUCUAAUUACGAAAAAGAAAUUAUAGAUAAUUCUAAUAAAGAAGAAGAAUUGAUUGAAGCAGAAAGUUUAUAUUAUAAAGUUGGAGAUGCAGUAGAUUGUCUUGACCAAACUUAUGGAGCUUGGUUUGAGGCAAUAAUAUUAAAAAUCUUUAAAAAAGAAGAUAAAGUCAUUUAUAAUCUACAAUGGGAAUUUGAUGAAAAAGCUCCACCUUUUAAUGUACCUGAAUCUUCAGUAAGACCACGAGCAAAGCAUCUUUUACAAUUUAAUAGCUUAAAAAUAGGGCAAAAUGUAAUGAUUAAUCAUAAUGUUGAUGAUCCUAAAGAGACUGGAUUAUGGUAUGAUUUCACAGUUUUGAAAAUAGAUAAAAAGAGAAGAGUACAGGAACUUAUUGGGACAUUGCAUAUUGGAAGGGAUCAGUUGCUUGAAAAUCAUAAAGUGAAUCCUAGGGGAGAGAUUUUUGCCAUAGAAGAACCAAAACUUCUCAAAGACAGAACUCCUGAAGAUGAACAACAUAUGAUUAGUAAUGGUAAACGAAGACGUGUUCAAGCUAUUUGUAAUGCAUGUUUAGACAAUCCUCGUAAAAAGUGCAGAGAAUGUGGUUGCAGAGUUUGUGCUGGAAAAGAAGAUGAACAUAAUCUUCUUUUAUGCGAUGAAUGUAAUUCUGCAUACCAUUUAAGAUGCUUAAAUCCUCCAUUAUCUUCUAUACCUGAAGAAGAUUAUUGGUAUUGUCCAGAAUGUAAAAAUGAUGAAAAUGAAAUUGUGAAGGCAGGUGAUAAACUUAAACAAACGAAAAAGAAAACCAAUGAAAAUAGUAAUAGUAAAAGAGAUUGGGGUAAAGGAAUGGCUUGUGUAGGAAGAACAAAAGAAUGUAGUAUAGUUCCACCUAAUCAUCGUGGACCUAUUCCAGGAGUAGAAGUUGGAAUGUGUUGGAUGUAUAGAGUACAAGUAUCUGAAGUUGGAGUACAUAGACCACAUAUAGCUGGAAUUCAUGGAAGAGAAACAGAUUGUGCAUAUUCUAUUGUAUUAUCUGGAGGAUAUGAGGAUGAUAUUGAUAAUGGCGAUGAAUUUAUUUAUACUGGUUCUGGAGGGAGAGAUCUAUCAGGAAAUAAAAGAACAGCAGAACAAAGUUGUGACCAAACAUUAACUAGAAUGAAUAAAGCAUUAGCUGUAAAUUGUAAUGCAAAACUUAAUGCAACAAUUGGUGCUACAGCUGAAGAUUGGAGAGGUGGUAUACCUGUAAGAGUUGUGAGAAACUUUAAACUUGCUAAGCAUAGCAAAUAUGCACCAGAAGAAGGAAAUAGGUAUGAUGGUAUAUACAAGGUAGUAAAAUAUUACCCUGAUACAGGUAAAAGUGGUUUUCGUGUAUGGAGAUAUUUAUUAAGAAGAGAUGAUCCUGCACCUGCACCAUGGACUAAUGAAGGUAAAGCACGGAUAAAAGCUCUAGGUUUAAAACCAAUGUAUCCAGAUGGAUAUCUUGAAGCAAUGGCAAAAAAUAAUAAAACAAAUAAGAAACGAAAUGUAUUUGCUGAAGAAGAAAAAUCUAAUUUUUCAAAAAAUGAAGAACCAUUAAAAAAAAAGCAAAAGUGCGAAAUUUAUGAAUUGGAAACUGAAAUAUUAAAAUAUAUCAAUCAAGAUAAAACAAAUGUAAAAUUAUGGGACGAAUGUCGUAAAGCUUUACCGGAUGGUAAAACUAUAUUUUUGCAAAAAGUUUCAGAAAGGUUUACAUGUCCGUGUUGUUUGGAACUUGUUUAUAAUCCUGUCACCAUUCCAUGUACACAUAAUAUAUGUGUUAAUUGUUUAAAACGUAGUUUUUCAUCAGGUGUAAAUUGUUGUCCAUCAUGUCGUCAUUUGUUAGACAAAAAUUAUAAAAUGGAAAUUAAUCAAUUUUUAUCAUCGACUCUAUUAUUACUUUAUCCAGGAUAUGAGGGUGGUAGAUAACAUUAACUUGUAAAAAAUAAUUAUAUUUCAAAUAUGAAUUUACAUACAUGCUUAGACUUUAUUAAAUGAUAUUUCUAGAUAUAAUUUAUGUUUUAGUGAUGAAUUACAUUAGAUAAUGACAAAUUUACUACAAUAUACACUUACAGGGUGGAUAUUUUGAAAUUUUAGUAACUUCAAAACAUUGUGGUAACUAUUAAUGAUAUAAAAAAUUUGUUGCCAUAGUCCACUAUUAAUAACAUUUUUAUUAUUAUUAUAUAUUUAUUUUAAUAAAUUGACUGAUAGUACUAAUUACAUA